UGUAUAAUAUUAUAUUAUAGGUAGUAAGCGGAUCAAUUUUCAGUCGAUCGUUUGUUAUUUCGCCGCCGCGUCGUGUACGCGUAGUCGUCGCGCUGUCGCCAGUCCCUUCGAAUCAGACGCGGGAAGACCGUCGACUGAGGAGAACGGUUAAUAGCGCCGUCUCUUCGACGCCAUUCAGUAGAUACCCAUGCACAAUAUUGCCUAUAGUCACUCAGUAUCCUAGUAUUUUGGCGAUUUAGAGAUUAUUUUGCGUAUCCCCGUGCGAGGAGGGCAUUAUAUUUUCAUACAGAUACACCCCAAACAAGUAGCCGCAAAUAUGCAAAAUUCCGACUCCACCGAAGUCAUCGAUUUUGCGAAUCACGUCGACACGUCUAGAACCGUGGAUCAAAGACAUCGCAUAAUCGGAGCCGAGGAUAGCGCGCCAACCGAUCCAGGUGUAUGCGGUAAAUUUAUGACCGUGUGUGCUUGGGCACUUGUUGUCAUCACGUUCCCGUUUUCUUUGUUCGUCUGUUUCAAAGUAGUUCAGGAAUACGAACGAGCAGUAAUAUUUCGCCUGGGACGUCUGAUAUCGGGUGGGGCGAAAGGGCCAGGUAUAUUCUUUAUUUUGCCAUGUAUUGACAACUACGCUCGUGUUGACUUAAGAACACGCACUUACGACGUUCCACCACAAGAGGUAUUGACCAAAGAUAGCGUGACUGUGUCCGUGGACGCCGUGGUCUAUUAUCGUGUAUGCAACGCUACGAUAUCGGUAGCUAACGUUGCCAACGCUCAUCAAUCUACUCGGCUAUUAGCUCAAACCACAUUAAGAAACGUCUUAGGUACUAGGCCGUUGCACGAAAUUCUCAGCGACCGAGACGCCAUAUCGAAAACCAUGCAAGUAUUGUUGGACGAAGCCACCGAGUCGUGGGGCAUCAAAGUAGAACGAGUGGAAAUAAAGGACGUGAGAUUGCCAGUUCAGUUGCAGAGGGCAAUGGCGGCGGAAGCUGAGGCGGCCCGAGAAGCCCGUGCUAAGGUUAUAGCGGCUGAAGGCGAACAAAAAGCAUCGAGGGCUCUCCGUGAAGCUUCAGAAGUUAUAAGUGAAUCUCCGGCUGCUCUACAACUUAGAUACUUACAAACAUUGAAUACAAUAUCAGCGGAGAAGAAUUCUACAAUCGUAUUCCCACUACCAAUCGAUAUAAUUUCAUUUUUCACGAGACCUCGAGAACCACGGGAAUCUACAAAACUAGCUCAACAAAAUCAAAGCAGUUAAAUGUUAGGUAUUUUUUCCACAUAUAUGUUUUAACUUAUAAGUUAAAAAUUAACUUAUAAAAAUUGAUGAAGUUAUUCAUAUUUAUUAUAUUUAUCAAACAUAUAUUUUGUGUGUUCAACUAUUAGAUACAAAUUAUGUAUUAAAUAUUAGAAAAUAUUACAGUUAUCGACACAUUUAUAUUGCGAUUUGCAGGGUGCGGGUCUAAGAUAUGCAUCUGUUUCGAACGGCCUGUACUCAGACUAUGGUGGUGGUAGAAAGUUGAGAGGGGUAUCAUUGUGUUUGUAGGAACAUACAGUUUUAAGUCAGUUGCAAAUUUUUAAUUUUAAUGGGAAAAUUGAGACAAAUGUUUACCGGAUGUCUAUAAUGUUUCUAAGACGUGACUCGCGUGAAGUGACCUGCGUGCUCAUCAGAUUUAAGUAUAUUUUAUAACUUUUUAUUCUUUGAAAUAACCUAAAGGAAAACGUUUUUAAACAUCGUCCAUACAGCUUGGAAGAACUUAAUGUGAAAAUCAGGAAGGAAGCUUUACCGCCUUUACCCAUUCGAAUGUACCGACAAACGAUUGAAAGCUUCCGGGAAUGAGUUUAAGAAACUAUCACUGCUGACGGCCGUUAUUUUAGAGAUGUAAUCUUUAAAAAAUAAUGCAAAAGACUAGAUUUUCUACUUAAUCGAACAACAUAGUCCUUAUUCCUAUAAGUUAUUGAAUAAUCGUUAUUUUAUAAUUCUUUAAAACUGAUGCAUAUUUUACGCCCCACUUUGUACGAGUUAUAUAACCAAGAACUAAUAAUUUGUAAAAAUAGAAUAAUUAUAAGCUAAUAUUGAUUUAUUUUUAAAUUAGGUAUACCAUAUAAUAUAUAGGUUAUACAAAAAAAAAAAAAUAAUAA